UUUUUAUUUAUUAUUAUUAUUUUUUUUUAUGAUUCCUAUUAAUAAUUUAUCUGUGGUGUCUGUAAGGGCUAUUGGACUCGCAGCUUUUAUUGCUGGUUUUGCGUUUUUCUCCAGUAAUUUAGUAUUUCAUGUUUUCCAUGUAUCCGGGAUUAUUGCUGCAUCACUGACAUCAUUUAAUGCUUGUACGAGAGUUGUUUUACAUUUAUCGUUGUGUGUCAUAGCAAUAAGGAGUUUCGUCUUAAUUUCAUUGGGUCCUGCUGCUUUUUCAGUCUUUGUCUUUUUUAUCUGGUAUUCUAACUCAAUUUUACAAUCUUCCAUUGGUUUUAUAGUGUUACAGCAGGGGUAUGGGUGCGGGUGGCUGAACUGUUGCAGGUGGCAGCACUGGGAGUGGCGGGAAGAGAGAGACUGAAAGAAAGGAGACGCUUGGCCCGAGAGGAAGCCAGCGUGUGCCUGUCUGUUUGGAAGUGUUUCCCUGCCUGUUGAGUGUCUUGUUGAGUGCCUGUCGUGCCCUGGGAGACUUGUGGUGCCCCUGUGAACUUGUAAAGCAGUGUACUUGCGGAGGAUUUGUCAAUAAACCUAGGAAAUAGUGCCCGUGUUUUCCCCUGUGCCCCGGCCUCGUGUGUGUGUGUGUGUGUGCCUUGUCCUGGCGUUCAGUGUGACUUAUUUGAGGCCCCGCUGGUGUUGUUUCUCGACCCGUGCCCUUGUGGAUAACACGCCCGCCCGGAGUGAAGGGUGGGCGCAACAAUAUCAUCAGUGUUUAUCGUGAAUGCUGCAUCCACGUGUUGUCUUGACUGAUAUGCUAUUGUUCAUUCAUUAUUAUCUAUAUUAAUUGAUUUAUUCUCAUAAUACUUCUUGAGUGCAUUUACAUAUUCUUCUUUUAUAUUAUUAUUAUUAUUAUUAUUAUUAUGGUAACACUGCAGGGUUGGACCUCCUCUCUAUUCAUUAAAAACACAUUGCAACGUGAUAGAGUACUUACUAUAGAACAUGUCUGUGAUGUUUUCAAUGUGGGGAAGGCUUUUGUAAGGCCGUAGUAAUUAAAUUAAUAGCGCGCCGCCUCCACAAACUAAGUCCACAAUGAUCUCAAGGAUAUAAGUUAGGUUAGAUUAGUAACCUUAGGGGGGGUCCAGGGCGGGGCGCAGCCCCUCCGGUUAGGUUAGGUUAAGGUUAGGUUAGGUUACUAACCUAACCUUAACCUAACCUAACCCACCACGACACUCUUAGGUGUUAACAUACCUAACCUAACCUAAUGGGGGCCACUGCCCCAUAGGAGUGGCACUUAAUUUGUGAGGGACAGUGGUCAGGGAGCCAGGAGGCUGGAGGGAGUGCAGGCCUGGCCUAGUGUUGCAAGGAAGGGGCAGGAAGCAGGGUGUGUGUUGCAGGCAGGGGCAGUGUGUAGCCUAGUGUUGCAAGGAAGGGGCAGGAAGCAGGGUGUGUGUUGCAGGCAGGGGCAGUGUGUUGCCUAGUGUUGCAAGGAAGGGGCAGGAAGCAGGGUGUGUGUUGCAGGCAGGGGCAGUGUGUAGCCUAGUGUUGCAAGGAAGGGGCAGGAAGCAGGGUGUGUUGCAGGCAGGAGCAGUGUGUAGCCUAGUGUUGCUAGGAAGGGGCAGGAAGCAGGGUGUGUGUUGCAGGCUGGGGCAGUGUGUAGCCUAGUGUUGCAAGGAAGGGGCAGGAAGCAGGGUGUGUUGCAGGCAGGGGCAGUGUGCAGCCUAGUGUUGCAAGGAAGGGGCAGGAAGCAGGGUGUGUUGCAGGCUGGGGCAGUGUGUUAAGCAGCCCUUGGCCCAGUGUGUGCUGACUGUCGCUGUUGUUCCAGGUGCCAGGCAGCGUCCAGGCUGCACGCCCUGCUCGCCGCCAACCAAUCUUGUUGUGUCCAUGGCGUGUGCUGGUGGGAGUGGUGCUGUGGUGGAGGCCGUGAGGCUGGGCAGCAGCAUGAGUGGCCAGCAGCAGCAGCAGCAGCAGCAGCAGCAGCCAGCCUCAGGUGUGGGGAGGCGCAGGCGUGGUGGCAAGAAUCACCUGGAGGCAGGCAGCUCUGUCCACAGAGGAGAGAGCAAGUUUGAGUGCCAGCAGUGUGACAAAACUUUUGUAUCCAAACAAGGCCUUAAGUACCACACCCUGACACACAGUGGUGUUAGAAAUUAUGAGUGUGGUGAGUGUGGGAGGAAAUUUACCCACAAGUUUUCCCUCACUCCACACACCCUGACACACAGUGGUACUAGAAAUUAUGAGUGUAAUGAGUGUGGGAAGAAAUUUACCCUAAAGGCUUCCCUCAUCAGACACACCCUGACACACAGUGGUGUUAGAAAUUAUGAGUGUGAUGAGUGUGGCAGGAAAUUUACCAGAAAGUCAACCCUCAGCAGACACACCCUGACACACAGUGGUGUUAGAAAUUAUGAGUGUGAUGAGUGUGGCAGGAAGUUUAUUACAAAAUCUGAACUCACCACACACACCCUGAUACACAGUGGUAUUAGAAAUUAUGAGUGUGAUGACUGUGGCAGGAAAUUUAUUACGAAAUCUGACCUCACCAAACACAUCCUGACACACAGUGGUGUUAGAAAUUAUGAGUGUGAUGAGUGUGGCAGGAAGUUUACCAGAAAGUCAACCCUCAGAAGACACAUACUGACACACAGUGGUGUUAGAAAUUAUGAGUGUGAUGAGUGUGGCAGGAAGUUUACCAGAAAGUCUCACCUCACCAAACACAUCCUGACACACAGUGGUGUUAGAAAUUAUGAUUGUGGUACCAGGCAGAGUCCAGGCUGCACGCCCUGCUCGCCACCAACCAAUCUUGUUGUGUCCAUGGCGUGUGCUGGUGGGAGUGGUGCUGUGGUGGAGGCCGUGAGGCCGGGCAGCAGCAUGAGUGGCCAGCAGCAGCAGCAGCAGCAGCAGCCAGCCUCAGGUGUGGGGAGGCGCAGGCAUGGUGGCAAGAAUCACCUGGAGGCAGGCAGCUCUGUCCACAGAGGAGAGAGCAAGUUUGAGUGCCAGCAGUGUGACAAAACUUUUGUAUCCAGACGUGGCCUUGACUACCACACCCUGACACACAGUGGUGUUAGAAAUUAUGAGUGUGGUGAGUGUGGCAGGAAAUUUACCCAAAAGUGUUACCUCACCACACACACCCUGACACACAGUGGUGUUAGAAAUUAUGAGUGUGGUAAGUGUGGCAGGAAAUUUAUCCAAAAAUCUAGCCUCACCACACACACCCUGACACACAGUGGUGUUAGAAAUUAUGAGUGUGGUGAGUGUGGCAGGAAGUUUACCAGAAAGUCAACCCUCAGAAGACACAUCCUGACACACAGUGGUGUUAGAAAUUAUGAGUGUGAUGAGUGUGGGAAGAAAUUUACCCGGAAGUUCUCCCUCACCACACACACCCUGACACACAGUGGUGUUAGAAAUUAUGAGUGUGGUGAGUGUGGCAGGAAAUUUAUUGCAAAAUCUAACCUCACCAAACACACCGUGAUACACCGUGGUAUUAGAAAUUAUGAGUGUGGUGAGUGUGGCAGGAAAUUUAUUACAAAAUCUGACCUCACCAAACACAUCCUGACACACAGUGGUGUUAGAAAUUAUGAGUGUGAUGAGUGUGGCAGGAAGUUUACCAGAAAGUCAACCCUCAGCAGACACAUCCUGACACACAGUGGUGUUAGAAAUUAUGAGUGUGAUGAGUGUGGCAGGAAGUUUACCAGAAAGUCUCACCUCCCCAAACACAUCCUGACACACAGUGGUGUUAGAAAUUAUGAGUGUGAUGAGUGUGGCAGGAAGUUUACCAGAAAGUCUCACCUCACCACACACAUCCUGACACACAGUGGUGUUAGAAAUUAUGAGUGUGGUGAGUGUGGGAAGAAAUUUACCCACAAGUCUUGCCUCACCUCACACACCCUGACACACAGUGGUGCUAGAAAUUAUGAGUGCAAUGAGUGUGGGAGGAAGUUUACCAAAAAGGGUUCCCUCACCACACACACCCUGACACACAGUGGUGUUAGAAAUUAUGAGUGUGAUGAGUGUGGCAAAAGAUUUCCUACCAUUUCUCGUCUCAAUAAACACACCUUCAGACACACUGGCUUGAGGGAGUUCAAGUGUGAUGUUUGUGACAAGUGUUUCAAGACAAAGGGUGAUAUUGCCAGCCACAUGAGGGUCCACUUCUGAGGUGGUGUGUUGUGUGUGGAUGUGUGGGGCCACACCCAUGCCUGUGGUGGUGGCGGUGGUGGUGGUGUGAGGGAGUAACAGCUCCAGCAGUUGUUUUGUUGGCAGUGCAGGUGUGACCUUCAAUAAAUGUGUGUGUCUAACAUAACGCCAAGUUCUUUUCCGUUUUGAGUGGUGGUGUGUGAGUUCCCUGUGUUUGGUGUUUGGUGCACAGUCGUGGUGGCCACAAGCACCGCCCCCAACACUUGCUUCACUUUAUCUGAGCAGCCGCGUCCCUCACCACCCUGCCAGCCUGUCUUGCGUGCACUGGGUGUGCCUGAGCCGUCGUGCAGACGCUGGGGCACGGCCGUGGCAGUCUUCGGCAAGCACGGGCGUCUGGCGUGGUGGUGUAAGAAUGCGCGUCGUGUCUUUUGUAUCAGUUAGGAAGAGCAGGGGACCCAGCACAGGGCCCUGCGGCACCCUACCGUGCACCUUCACUCUGCUGGACGCUGCUGCAUGUACUAUUGUGCCUCUACAUGCUGCACCUGCUGGAGGUGUUUCAGUGGUACAAGGACUGUGGCGAGGGUGACACAGGCAGAAUUCUCAGGAUACAAAAAGACAUGUUAUCAAUGUCUGUCAUAUUUCUCUACUCACUUCUUCACUUUGCUGGCCAAGAACACAUUACACUGUACAGUCUUGCUGCUGUAAUGCCAACACACUCUAGCAAAAAAUAAAUAAAUAAAUAAAAAAAACUUCAGUAGCCUGGGAAGCAAAAUACAUGAAGAAAAGGGGAAGUGACAACUAGAAAGAAAAUAAAAAAAGGAAAACAAAACUGCUGAACAAAAAAAAAGUAUUGGAAAAAAAAAAAAAAGAAUGAUUUUGACAGCAAAACACACACACACACACACACACACACACACACACACACACACACACACACACACACACAGUGAAUGUAACAUGCACACAAUUAGAAUGUAACCAAACUAAGAUAAAUUACUUGAUAAGGCAGAAGACAAACACCAGUGACACACACACACACACACACACACACAGCAAGGAUGUUAACCACCAACAAUUAAGGUAAAGCCCAGACACACUAAUUAAUUGUUAUAACACAGUCAUUUAAGUUUUGUUAUUAUGAAGUGGUUAGUUACCAUUGUUGCCUGUACAGGAGGUCCCAACACUCCAAGGUAACACAAAUAACUUCUACAAAUUAUUUGUCAAUCAGAAGAGAGAAAAAUAAUGUGAAAACCUUCAUUGUUAUUUAGAAGAUAACUUCAAUAAAAGUCAGCGUGGUCACCAAGGAGUCUCUCCAGUGCCUUGUUGGCCUCCGGAAAAUGUUGCCAAGCAAAGCAAGGCCAGAACUAUUUGGCGGUAACAAUGACUGCUGCCAGAUAAUCUUUUUAUUUUUUAUUUUUUAUUUUUAUUUUUUUUUGUAUUACAUUAAUAACAACCAAGUCAAAACUAAGUUGAGCAAUAAACUAAAUCAAAGCAAAAGUAUAUCAACUUAAAAACUUAAAAAAAGAACAAUGCAAAAUUUAAUUAAACUUUUUCAUCAAAACAGAGGAAGAGACACCAUCAAUCAAAAACACUCCCCUGUGAAACUCUCUCUCUCUCUCUCUCUCUCUCUCUCUCUCUCUCUCUCUCUCUCUCUCUCUCUCUCUCUCU